AACUGUUUCCCAUGGAUGGCGGUAUUGUUUCUUGAGCCACUCGUUCUUUCAAUAUGAAAUCCUAUGUCUAUGGUUGGUUCACCUCUGAGUGAAAGAUGUCGGCGCACUGUCUCUGUAUAGCCUUAUGAUAUGAUUAGAGCUGCACUUAAAACGAUAGGAGUCAAAUGGAAAUCUUACCGUCACCGAUUUGUGCCGUGGAUAGCCGUAAAUCUUAAGAAGAAUGAAAGAACUUUGCGCCAGGUGACUGCACGCUCAGAGGACAAGACCGUUCCAGACGGGGAGGUGUCCGCAAGCCUCGUGAAUUUAUUCACUGCGCUGGUGAAAAAUGACAAGACCAAACAGGAGGUCCUCAGUCUGCUCCAUACCUCAGUACAGUCAGUCUAUUCACAAAACACGUCUAAAACCCAAACAGAACCAGUUCGGGUGAUGCUAGAUAUGCUAGGAUUCUGUAUCGAACGGGGACCGAGCUCACUGACGCUAGCAGGUACAGGUGUGUUUGUGACCGAGGGAUCAGUGCCCAAAGGAGCCACAGUAGCCAUGUACCCAGGAACAGUUUAUCAGGUAUACGAGCCCAUUCUGAUACAGUCUGUCGCCAACCCUUUUGUAUUCAGAUGCAUAGAUGGAGUUUUGAUUGAUGGUAAUGACAAGGGAAUCUCCAAGAUUGUCUACAGGUCUUGCAGUGGACGUGAUCGAAUGGGUCCACUAGCUCUGAGCGAUGUCUCCUGGUUGACAGACAGCCCAGAGAACCCACUGGCAGUGGGGCAGUACGUCAAUAACUGUUCCAACGAAAAGGCAGCCAAUGUAUGUUAUCAAGAAUUUGACGUGCCAGAAGACUUCCCUCUAGAACUGCAUCAGUAUCUGCCUAAUGUGAACUACAGCCACGACACCAAAAGACCCCUGAGGUGUGUGGUCCUCGUGUCCCUAAGAGACAUCCACUGUGGAGAAGAGCUGUUUUCAAACUACUACACCAUAGUGCAUUAAGUCAGUCUGACACAAUCUGUCAUGUUUUCCUUACAGUUUAUUAGACAAAACCUUUUUCUACUUAAAGAACUGAGACCAAGAUAGAACUGGCAAUCUAUCUAUAUAUUUUUUGUUUUAGUUUAGUUUAAGUGAGACAAUAUCCAGAGCUUUAUUUGGGACUGUACACCAGUUGUUUAGGAACAACAGAAAAUACAAAACAUGUGGAAAACAGAACCUAUGCACAAAUAUUAAUUAAAGCCUUUUGAAUAUUUUUGAUAUUA